CUGCCACAUGUCACCAUGGCAGUAUCUCUUGGCCCUUGAUCUGAUCCGAGGGUAGAACUUACACUCACGGAAAUCAACCAGGAGCUUCAGUUGUAGCUGGCAAAGAACAAGCAGGACUUCCAAGACCUCCCAGAGAAAUUCCUUGUAUCCCAAGCUACUGCCUACUCCCUGGACAACCAGCUGCAGAAAUACUGUCCUUAUGGUUUCAUGUAUUCUCUUUCACACAAGUGUAUCCAGGCAGUUACCACAGCAGCCUGUCCAGCUUUCCCCCGAGGCAGCAUCUCUCUUUCCUCAGAGUAUGAAGCAUUUAAGGACAUCAUUGAAUCUGUGCUGGGGGAGAAGCUGCUGUCUGAGGCGCUGAGGCUAGCAGAGAAGCUGGCAGAGAAGCCCACGCAAGCUGAGAGGACAUGUGACAUCCUAACUCGAAGUCAGGCACGAGAGCUGACCCAGUUACGGCGGACACUACGGGAAGUGAAAGAUGACUCUGUCCUACUCCGGCAGCACCUCAAGGACCUGCUCACCCACAACGACCUUGACAACCACCAGGGGCAGGGCUUCCAAGAGCUGCUGUCUGAGAGACACAGGCUGGCAGAGCACCUUGCCCACAAGCUCAGCCCAGGUACCAUACUGGGAUGGUUGAGUCUCACUCCUCAUCAGACGUUGUGUGGCCAGUGCACGGAGCACCUGCUGGUCUCCCUCUCCUGCCCCAUGGCAGCCACACUCUACUUCACGUACGGGAGGAUAGUUCCUUCUCUCUUUAAGGGGACUGCCCUUUUGGUUUCUCUGACACUCCUGAUGCCUCCCAUCAAAACCAGCCAGGGCAGCUUGGGGUCGGAUCCUCUUCGUUCAAUUUUCUGUCAUCCCUCUCCCACCUGGCACAGCGUGGAGCUGCAGGAGGUUGAAAAGAAGGAAGUGCCUCAGGAAUCCCAGGAUGAAUGUGUUUUGACUCCUACAAUUCUCCAAGGAAGUUCUGACUGCAACCAGCCUUACAGUGAUGGCAAAUUUGCAUUUGAUGAACCAGAAGUGGGCCCUGCUCCGGAUGGAGCCUGUGGUUGCUCCCAUGCUAAAGAGGAUGAAAUUCCGACCGAUCUCCCAGACAAUCAAAAUGAUCAUAAGCAAGUGGAUGGACAAGAGCCAAUGUCCCCCAGCGUGAACCUACAGGAUGUUGAAAAGAAGGAAGUGCUCCAGGAAUCCCAAGAUGAAUGUGUUCUGGAUCCUUCAACUCCCCAGGAAGGUUCUAACUGCUACCACCCUUACAGUGAUGAAAAAUUUGCAUUUGAUGAAGAGAAAGUGGGGUCUGCUCUGGAUGGAGCCUGUGGUUGCUCCCAUGCUAAAGAGGAUGAAAUUUCAACUGGUCUUCCAGAGAACCAAACUGAUCACAGUGACCUGAAAGGACCAGUGGCUAUUGCUACAGGUAAUUUUGAAUAUCUGUGGGCCGUUAAUACAGUGAUGACAUCUGCAGGUCUCUGGCCCAGGGAAAAGCAGAAAGUGCUGAAUAUAGUGUAUCAUCAAUUUUCCCAACCACGAAUUAUCAUUUUUGUAAUGUUUUCUGCUUUCAUUGUGGUACUUAUAUUGUUUCCCAUUUCUUAUGACACCGUGUUCACGAAUAUUUGCUGUUUAAUCAUCAGUCCUCCCGACCCCACAAAGCUCAGUAUGGAGCUUCUGGUGGUAGAAGAAAAUGAAGUCCAGCAGGACUCACUGGAUGAAUGUGAUUUGGCUGGUUCUAUUGGUCAUCAUCUGUCAGACUCCUGUAUGCCUUACAGAAGUGCCUCAUUCCAAUCGGAUAAAAGGGAGGUCUCAAUUCUAGACGUAAAUGGUGACACCUGGGAGGACUGUCACCAAAGGCCUUUGAGUUUCCAAGGCCCAGGGGUACACACUUCACAAGCACAGCUGCAGAAAAGCACCCACAUGACCAAUUAUCUGCAACUGCAGCUGGACCAGCAUUUCGAUUGUGGGACAGAAGCCACACUUGGUCUUUCCUCCACCAUCUGGGGCUUUACUGCCAACUCUGAUUCUGGAAGCCAAGGACCACUCUUCGUAGGUAAAAGAUAAAAGGGGAUUAGGAAGCUCUAGUUGUCUCAGGGUUGAGGGUGGAGGGGGCAAUGGGGCCUCUCCCACGGCUGCUGUAGGUCCGGUUGAAAUCUGUGACGCUCUAACAGAGUGAGGUGAGCAAGAGCCUGGAUUUAGGACCAGCUCUGCCUCAGGCCCCGGGUUUGCAAACUCCUGAUUGUUUAACUGGGCCAAGUUAUUUAUCUCCUUAGGUAUUCACAUCUCACGUCCCUCAUCUGAACUCUUGAAAAAUUAUAUCCCCAUUCCAUGGUUGUUGGGAAUAUUAAGCAACAUGAUGUCCAGAAUGCCUGAUCAGUAAAAAUGGUUCGAUAACAACUGUGAAUAUAUAACAUCUAACCAUUGAGUCUUUCUGGUGCUUUAACACUUACAAAAUGAUUGCACAUGCGUUGUUUCCUCUGAGGUAGAGCACUUUUUUGAUCCCCACUUUCUCUGGGACCCAUCUUCCCUUACUUCCUCAGAAAGGCAGGUUGGCCAGUAUUUUCCUCUCCUUUCACCAUCCACCCUCAAGUCCAUUUUCCCCUGCUAGGUGCUCUCAGUAACAGUGUAUUAGUAACAUUCUGCAGCAAUGUAGACCCUGGCCACACAACUCAGCAUCGAGUUUAGUUUUCAUAUCCAGGUUA